AUGGAGGCUUUCCCUCGAAUCUCCCGCCACGUCCGGCACCCUAUCCGAGCCUUCCAGCUCUCUCAAUGCCGACCCUCGCCCUCCUCCUUUCGAGCCUCUUUCUGGUCUGCGAAGCCUUUGUCAACUCUGACUCGGACACGCCAUCCGCAGCUUGCCUUUAGAGCUCCUCGUUAUGUGACUUCUCAGCUCUCCUCGCACCUGGUUUGCCGAACCCCCCCGGGUAGCCUACGAUUCAUCUCUACGAAAGAACUGCCCAACCACCGUGGUCCGGUCGCACGCUUCUUCUACCGCCUCUUCGCUUGGACCGGUAUAUUCAUCGUCUCCUGCGGAACCCUGGUCAUUGCCUUCUUCGUCUACGAUGCCUCGACGUACAAGGAAACACCGGAUUCAGUAGGCGAUGUCCCCGUGUCGGAGGCGGCCUUGUCCCCGAGAAGAGGAGGCCCCAAGAAUCUCCCCAUAGCCGAGAUCCUGGUCGACGAUGAGGACUGUGAGAGUAUGCGGGCGCAAAAGCACAAGCCUAAGUUGGUGAUCCUAGGGUCAGGCUGGGGUAGUGUUGCGAUGCUCAAAGAGCUCAAUCCUGGCGAUUUCCACGUCACCCUGGUCUCUCCGGACAACUACUUUCUGUUCACCCCCAUGCUACCAUCUGCCACGGUGGGCACUUUGGAAUUGCGCUCUCUCGUCGAGCCCGUCCGCAGGAUAGUGAAUCGGUUGCGGGGCCACUUCCUCAAGGCCAGAGCCGUCGACAUCGAGUUUUCUCACAAGCUGGUCGAAGUGGCUCAAACCGAUGCGAACGGCGUGGAACAACACUUCUACCUGCCCUACGACAAACUGGUGAUUGGGGUCGGAUCCACCACGAAUCCUCACGGCGUCAAAGGCUUAGAGAAUUGCCACUUUCUCAAGACCAUCGAAGAUGCUCGUUUGAUCAAGAACAAGAUCCUUGGUAACUUGGAGCUGGCUUGUCUCCCUACGACUUCCGACGAUGAAAGACGGAGACUGCUCUCCUUCGUUAUCAGCGGCGGGGGCCCAACGGGUGUCGAGUUUGCUGCCGAGCUCUAUGAUAUGCUGAAUGAAGAUCUUCUCAAAUCGUUCCCCAAAAUACUGCGGAACGAGAUCUCUGUCCAUGUGAUCCAGAGCCGGGGGCAUAUCCUCAACACCUACGACGAGGCUCUUUCCGUCUACGCCGAGAAACGGUUCGAGCGAGAUCACGUAGGAGUCUUAACAAAUUCUCGAGUCAAAGAGGUCACGCCGGACAAAAUCGUAUUCACACAAAUGGAAGAUGGAAAGCCUGUGACCAAGGAGCUUCCCAUGGGGUUCUGCCUCUGGUCCACCGGAGUUGCACAGACAGAAUUAAGCCGAAAGAUUGCCGAUAAACUGGGAGAUUUCCAAAACAAUCGGCAUGCUCUAGAAACCGACACUCAUCUGAGGCUGAUUGGAGCCCCUCUUGGCGAUGUGUACGCCAUUGGAGAUUGCUCUACCGUGCAAAACAACAUCGCCGAGCACCUGACCACCUUCUUACGCGGCCUCGCGUUCGAGAGAGGCAAAGACCCGGACAAAAUCCAGAUCACCUUCCAAGAGUGGCGAGAUCUUGCCCAGAAAGUCCGCAAGCGUUUUCCUCAGGCCUCGGGCCAUCUGAAACGUCUCGAUCGGCUUUUCGAAGAAUACGACAAGGACAAAUCGGGAACCCUGGACUUUGGCGAGCUCCAUGAGCUACUCGUCCAGAUAGACAGCAAACUCACCUCUCUACCCGCGACGGCGCAACGGGCUAACCAGCAGGGACAGUACCUCGGCCGCAAAUUCAACAAGAUUGCCGCGGCCAUCCCUGGGUUUCAGGCCAAUGAAGUCGACUUUGGCGAUCUGGACGAAGCCGUCUACAAGGCCUUCGAUUACCACCAUAUGGGAAGUCUGGCAUACAUCGGCAACGCGGCCAUUUUCGACUUCAACGGCAUGAACUUCAGCGGCGGCUUGUUGGCUGUGUAUUUGUGGCGAAGCAUCUAUUUUGCCGAGAGCGUGAGUUUCAGGACGAGGUUGCUUUUGGCCAUGGAUUGGAGCAAGAGGGCUUUGUUUGGAAGAGGUGAGGCACACUUUUCCCCUCCUUUGUUGUGUUGCUUGCAGUACGUCUCUGAUAUGGCUUCCCCAACUAACGUCGUGACAGACUUGAUGAGCUUCUAG